UUAUAUUUCUCUGCAUUAUUGAAUAAUUUUUGUUGUUAACUUUUUAUUUGACCGUGAACUGUUGAAAAUCUCCAUUGACCAUAUAUGAUGAUUCAGCUGGAGACGUAGAUGUAAAACGUAUUCUUGACAUUGUAGUUGAAAGUGCAGUAGUAAGCCUACACAAUUUGUGAUUUUGCAAUCACUUGGUAAGAACUUUUUUCAGAGAGGAGAUCUAAAGAAAUGCUUAAGGUUAUGCACAAUAUAUUAAGGUUGAAAUGUAAGUUGUAAUGACAUUGAUUUUGACAUGUGACAUACUUGUGAAUGAACAUGCAUUCUGAAUAACAAUUCACUAAUUUCUGAUAAUGCAUUUAUUUCUCCAGGAUUCAAAAAACAAAAACAAAAUGGUGAUCUACUACAAUACAAGUUCUAUUCUGAAUCUGCAACCUCUAAACCUGCCCCUCGAGACUGCGAUAUCUACGUUUCUGCUGGCCACCCUAAGUUACCUGGUUAUUUUGUUCUGUAACCUCUGCCUCAACCUCACAGUCGUCCUGAACAAGACUCUGCACCAGCCCAUGCACCUCCUGCUCAUUAACCUCCCCAUCAACGACCUCAUCGGCUCCACCGCCUUCUUCCCGCAGAUCAUUAAAGAAUUACUCUUGGACACCCGAAAGAUGCAUUACACAGCGUGUCUUGCGCAAGCGUUUUGCAUUCACACGUAUGCUGUCGGGGCCGUGUUAAUUCUCAGUCUCAUGGCCUACGACAGGUAUGUCGCAAUUUGUUCCCCGUUGAAAUAUCAAAGUAUCAUGACUAAUGCACAUAUAAUGAAACUAAUUACAGCGAUGUGGGUGUUUAGUUUGAUUUUGGUCAGCGUGAUUUUCAUUUUGCUCUUGCGCUUACCGCGCUGCAAGUCUCUCAUUACGCACUCCUAUUGUGACAAUCCGUCCUUACUGGGACUGGUGUGCGCAGACACGUCCAUCAACAACAUAUAUGGUCUCUUUACGGUGGCUAUCGUCCAGUUGAUAGGCCACGCAUCCAUUAUUUACACCUACCUUCACAUCCUCGUUGCCUGUUGUAAAACCAAGAGGUCUGACACAAAAUCAAAAGCCAUGCAGACGUGUGCAACACACCUGGUCGUUUUUCUAUUGUUAGAAUGCAUGGGUCUGUUCACGAUCAUAUCAUACAGAUUAAACAAUAUAUCGCCUGUUUUACGAAGAUUUAUAGGUGCUUCCGCCAUAAUAUUCCCUUCAACAUUGAAUCCGAUCAUCUAUGGACUUAAAACCAAAGAAAUACGUGGGAAAGCACUCGCUUUUUUCAGGAAAAGAAUAUUUAUAUUUUGAUUCUAUGAUGAUUCUUUUCAUGAAUGAUUACAUUCUUGCUUUUUGAGUUUGAUUUCAGAUUGUGUUUUUUAUCAAUAUAAUUUCUAAAUAUUUAGGAAUCAAAUUUCUACAUUAAUCGAUCAUUCCCAAUAUACUUCCUAAGCCUCUGACUCUGUCGAGCGCUGUUUGGCCCUCCUAUAAUGUUUCUAACCUUUCCAUUAAAUAUAAAUAUCAA